CCUGGCAAGCACAGAAAGGAACUACAUCAGAAUCAUCGGAUGAACUCACACUUUCCACUCAAGUUCCAAAUAUUUUCUAUAGAGUGAUCAAAAUGACUGUUACAGCUGGAAUUGGGUACGCACUGUUGGCGUUGGGGCCUUCUCUUUCGCUAUUCGUCGCAGUUAUCUCUCAGAAGCCAUUUCUUAUACUAACUCUUCUCUCAAGUACUUUGGUGUGGUUGACAAGCCUGAUCGUAUUGUCUGCGCUAUGGAGAGCAUUCCUACCUACGGAAAAGACAGUGUGGUGGCUUUAUCUACUCAUUCUCUUAAGUUCAGUGGCAUUUCAAGAAGCUCUCCGCCCUUUACUGUGGAGAUUGUACAAGAGGCUUGAAGAUGUAUUAGAUGCCUUUGCUGAUAAAGUAUCCAAACCACGCCUUUUUACCACUGAUAAGAUGCAGAUUGCUCUCGCUGGUGGUAUGGGUCAUGGCGUGGCACAUGCUAUAUUCUUCUGUCUAAGCCUGUUGACUCCUGCAUUUGGGCCAGGGACAUAUUAUGUCAAACAAUGCUCACAGAUGUCGUUUUUCUUGGUUUCUUCAAUAAUAGCUCUUGCCUUUGUUACCAUCCAUACCUUCUCAAUGGUCAUAGCAUUCAAUGGAUAUGCAGAAGGAAAUAAAUCGGACCAGAUUUUUGUCCCCGUAGUUCAUCUAUUUGCUGCAAUGUUUACUCUCAUAAAUCUUGCUCAAGGGGGUUGUGUUGUUGGUAUACCUUUGUUGUAUUUCAUGGCAAUGCUAACUUUGGGGUAUUGCGGAAUGAUGGUGUUCAAGAGGCUUUCUGAAAACAGGAGCAGGUUCCCAGUGCAGCUCUCGGGAGAAUCGAGAUCGAUUGGACCGUCAAGUUUUCAACAUGGAGGAAACACCGAUUGAGAGACCACUCAAACUAGCCUCCUAUUUACUCCUAUUUAAUUAGGGCAAUAUCUUUUACUCUAUAAUCACCAACAUUGCAGCCAACAGGCCCAACAUUGUACCAAAAAGGGACGAAAAUAUAAAUAUUGUAUUGUUAGGUUUUGGGACUUUUUGGAUUAGAAUUUCAUCUCAAAUUGUUGAACUGCAUAUACUAUAUUUUAUUACAAUAGUUCUAAUGAGUAACCUAAAUUAUAGUUAAAUUUAAUAAG